AUGUAUUUAAAAUCUGUUAUGAACAAUACAAAGUUGAGUAACUAUCUGGUUGAUGGAACAGGCAGGGACACUUAUGUGAGUAAUUUCAAUGGUGGAUUUUGGAAAUCAAAUUAAAUGUAAGCUGUCCGUCCAGAGAGUGGUUCAUACCCUAAUCGGAGAUAUCAAGCAUCACCUGCUCCUUGCAUAGAUUCAAAGAUUAACAGAUAUAGAAAUAAUGGAAGUGGAAGAGAUGGAUAUAUUAGCUAUGAUGAGGGAGGAUUUUCAGUUUCAAUAGGAAUGAAAAAGAAUUUCAUUUCGAAUUUAAGAGGUUAUGAUACUAAAAUAAGAUGUAAUACCCGUGAUAGUUCUACUAUGUUAUAAUCAUUUUCAAAAACAUAAUCAAUUACAAAAAGGCUUUAUUACUCAAAAUAAGUAGAGGAUCCAUAUUUGUAGAUUAGAAAAUUAACUAGCUUACACUAUAAAAAAUGA